AAAAAUAUUUCGCGAAAAAACUGUGUCGUUAGUUGUUGUUAGAUACGAUGAAAAUAUAUGCAAUGACAAUCGUUACGUCGUUACGCAUAAGUUUUCACUUUCCUACGAAUGUGAUAGUACGUACAUUCAUUUAGGAACGCUAAGAGGGAAUGUAAAAGAGAUCGAGGAAGAAAGAGAUCCAUGUAAGGACGAUGAACGGCGAAGGGGGUGCUCUGUUGUUUGGUGGGGCUGGAGUUCGAGGAUUGGCUGCGCGAAAGGCGAUCUGCAGCUGAGGGGAUGCGUCGGAAGGUAACAGUUGAUCUUUUAAAAGUUGAUUUACGUUCUACGUCCAAUUUGAAAAUAGAAGAUGAAAUCCUUCGUUCUCGUGAUACUUGUUACUAUUUUUGGUAUCACUAUCAUCCAAUGCGAACCCGAACCGAUGGCUAGGCCAACCAGACCAAAAGUUUUUACAAGUCCGGAAGAGUUACGAAGAUAUUUAGAUCUCGUCAAAGAUUAUUAUUCGAUAAAUGGAAAGGCCAGGUAUGGAAAAAGGGCCGAAGGUAACGCAUCCCCUGCCUUUUAUUUAGGAUAUCCGUGGAAUACUUUGAGAUUUAUACUUGAUACUCACCGUCAUUUUCAACAACAAAAGGAGGAUAAGAGCAAGCCGAUAAAGGAACAGAUAAAUUUUCGUAAUUUUCAAGAUAAUGAUACAAAAAAGCAAAUAUUUCGAAAUAAUCCGUCAGAAAAUUUAAGUAACAUGAUUGAUAACUAUUACGAUGACGUAGAAUAAAUACGAUUGUAUCGAUUUUCAAUGUUGGAAAAAUUACAACAAUUCAAAGUUCGACUAUUUCUUUUAAAGUGUCGUAUAUUCGUGACUUGAAUUAGUCAAAGUAAUGAUGAUUUUAUAAAAUUGAUGACUUGCAAAAUUAAUACAUUUUUACACUUCGAUUAGAUGUAUCUGCAGUAAUGUUUCUAUAACAGAAAACAUAACUAUUUAUUUUUAUGAUUCUAUAACGUCUUUUAAUACCAUCAUAAUUUAACAUAAGAUAAAACUCAUAUAUUAGACCACGGCACUUUGGGCUUUAAAAAUAAAAUGGGAACAAUUUAUUUUACAUUCAAAUUGUCAACGUGUAUCUAGCAGUUUCGAUUAUUAGUAAACAUAAUUAAUUCCAUGUUGUAAAAAAGCUGUGUCUGAGGUAGUAUUAAAAGAGAGAAGAAAAGGAAUGAUCCAGAAUUAUGUAAGUUGUAUUAUUGACAUGCUUUUUUCAAAAGAUCUUAAAAGUUAUGUGUUUUAUGGCAGAAAGUCCAAAUAGAUAAUUCAUUGC